AGAUUUGCGAAAGUUAGAAACAAAUAUUUUAUAAUACCUCAUAAAAUAUUUGCAGGACGCCUUUCCAGAUCUGUUACGGAACGUGACAUCGACGAGGCUUUUGGAAAAUUUGGAAGAAUUCGUGAAGUUGAUGCAAGAGGAGUCGAUGGUGUCAACGGUGUAUCGCCGAGGCAGCAGACUCAAGUUUUAACACAGUAUCAAUUCAGGGCGUUGGACGGUAGUCGUAUCCCAGGAAAUGAUGAUAGAAUAUUAGUGGAAUUUGCAAGAGGUAGUACUUGGCGUGGAGCUCGUGAAAGUCGUCAUGGAAGUGGUCGUAGUUAUGAUGGGCGACCACCAGAAAGAUGCUUUAAUUGUGGACAAAUUGGUAUGUAUAUGUUGACAGUCCUUAUAUGUAGUGUUUGGAACUAA